UAAAUUUCUAUUUUUUUAGAUUUUUAAUUUCCAUUGUUUAAAGCUUCUACUGACAUCAAGAAAAGGAGUGGGGAUUGGCCCUGAGAAAUCACGUGGACGCUCACUUAACCAUUUGUCCGUGACUCUACUAACCACCAACUUCAAGAACACCUUAAAAAACCUGCAAAUUGUUAUCUGAUUCUUCCUUUUCUAUUUUGUUUUUGCUCUUUCAAGCUACACACACUCACUUUCAUCGUAUUAGUAACUAAUCUAUAAUCCAGAUCUAUUGCGGAUUUCGUGUUGAAAAAUCUUCGGUCAAUCAUGGGUUUUAAUGGCGGAUUCCACCCUUCAUUGCUUCAUUAAUGGAAACCCCAUCUCAAAACUACAACUUUUCUUUCGAAAUUUGACUUCAAAUGUUUGAAAUGAGAAACUCGAGAGCUGUUCUUUUUCUUUUAUUUAGCUUGUGUUUUCGAUUUGUAUUCAGUGGUGAUUUGGAAUCACUUCUGGAGAUAAAAUCAUCCAUUGAUCCUUCGAAUUCAUUGCAAUGGAGAGGAAAUGAUUUCUGUAAAUGGGAAGGAGUUCGAGAAUGCUUCAGAGGUCGAGUUUCGAAACUUGUUCUUGAGAAUUUGAACCUGAGUGGGACAUUUGAUUCAAGAAUCAUCAACCAGUUGGAUCAAAUUCGUGUUUUGAGCUUAAAGCAAAACUCAAUCUCUGGUCAUAUCCCUAAUCUUUCCAACUUAACCAACCUUAAAUCACUCUAUCUUUCAUACAACAACUUUUCCGGCGAGUUUCCGGCGUCUCUCACCACCCUCCACCGUCUCAAAAUCAUUGUUAUUUCCGGUAACCACCUUUCCGGCGACAUUCCUCAUUCAUUACUUGGUUUACAAAGACUGUAUAUUCUUUACUUAGAUGACAACAUGCUAACCGGAAAAAUCCCACCUUUCAACCAAACCACCCUGAAGUACCUAAAUUUAUCCAACAAUCAACUUUCCGGCGAAAUCCCGUUGACACGAACUUUAUCAAGGUUCAACUCAACGUCGUUCAUCGGUAACAAUAUUGACUUAUUAUGUAGUGAUCCCUUUGGUAUUCCAUGUGGGGUAGUUUCCCCGACUCCGUCUUUUACUCCGGCGGAUCAAACACCACCCACCACCGGAGCAUCGUACCACCAUCGCCGGGUAAUCAAGAUCAUAACGAUAAUCACCGGUUCCAUCGGUGGAUUAUCUUUAUUGUGUGUUUUAAUCAUUUUACUGGCGUUAAGCUUGAAAAAGGAGAAUAAAACCAAGAUGGGUACGUUCGUCGGAGGUAAAGGUGUAGAAUCAGCAGAAGCGGUGGGUGGUGGUGGAACAAGUGGAGACGGAGGAUCUUCAUGGGAUGAAGAAGGUGGUGGGAUGGGGUCACUGGUGUUUUGCGGCGGCGGAGAUAAGCCGGAGAUGAAUUAUAAGUUGGAGGAUCUGUUGAAAGCGUCGGCGGAGACACUUGGAAGAGGUACGGUGGGGAGUACGUACAAGGCGGUGAUGGAGACCGGGUUUAUUGUGACAGUGAAGAGGCUGAAAGAUGCCACGUGUCCUAGUCUGGAGGAGUUUCGUAGACACGUGGAGGUGAUCGGGAGGCUGAGGCACAAGAAUUUGGUGCCACUCAGAGCGUAUUUUCAUGCAAAAGAGGAACGUCUACUUGUAUACGAUUAUUUCCCAAAUGGCAGCCUCUAUUCUCUUCUUCAUGGAUCAAAAACAUCAUCUGGUGGCAAAGGCAAACCACUUCACUGGACUUCCUGCCUCAAAAUCGCCGACGAUCUCGCCACCGGACUCCUCCACAUCCACCAAAACCCAGGCCUCACCCACGGCAACAUAAAAUCAUCCAACGUUCUCCUCAGCUCCGAUUUCGAAUCCUGCUUCACCGACUACGGCCUCGUCUCCUUCAAAAACCCCAACUCCACACACGAAUCAAACCCUAAUAAUUCUCUCCUCCACCGUGCCCCUGAAUGCAGCAACCAAAAAACACCAUCUCAACAAUCCGACGUAUACAGCUUCGGCGUUCUUCUCUUAGAGCUACUAACAGGCAACCCUCCAUCCCAAGCCCUAAUUUCAGACAAUGGCUCCGACAUUCCUAAAUGGGUCAACACCAUAAGAGAAGAACAAACCGAAUCCAGCGGCGAAACCGUUUCUUCAGGUAACGAGAAACUCGCAGCGCUUCUCAACAUUGCGAUGGGUUGUGUGUCGGUUGUUCCAGACAACCGGCCGGCGAUGAAGGAUGUUUUGAAGAUGAUUAGGGAAACGAGAGCAGAAGCAGGUCAUGUGGCGUGUAAUAGCAGUGAUCAUUCACCUGGAAGAUGGUCGGAUACUGUUCAAAGCUUGCCAAGGGAUAAUAAUCAUAAUCAUCUGAAUCUCAGCAUAUGAUUGCAGUAAUUCGUCUUGCUAAUAAGUAAAAUUAAGUAAUUAUCACUCGAUUACAGUAGGAAUCUUGUUCUCUUCUCCUAAUUGCUACCCAGCAAGCUAAACAUUCUUAGCUUUUUGAAAAUGGAAGUUUCUUAUUGUGGGUUUGAAUCGAAA